GGAAAUAGUGAGUUCUAGUUGUAGGCCAUAAGUAAAUCCUACUUUCGUUCUGACACUUGGACUGUAAAGACGUGACAUAGGCGAAUCAUGGCUCAAGUUGAUCCUGAGGCAGACAAAGCGAACCAAAGGGACAGCAGCGCAGACAGUGACGAUGGUGAGAAGUCGGAGAGGGAUCAGCACAACUAUUUCACUUGUCUGGUGUGCAUGCGCACGGCCCACAUUCCCCGGGUGAGCUUCUGUGGCCACCACUUCUGCGCCAAGUGCAUCCGCAACUGGAUGAAGACCCAAGGUGCCCGGGCCAAGUGUCCCUAUUGCCAGUCUCGGAUCGGAGAGAACACGCUCAUCACCGUGCGUCACACAAAGACAUUGGAACGCUCGCUUUCAUGUCGCACCAUCGAGCAGCAUCGCCGCCGGAUGCUUAUGAGCAGCGAUUACGUCCGGGAGUUGGCCAUUCUGCCCGAGGCCAGCAUGUUUAUGCGCGGCUACAUCGAAUAUCCGCCGGAGGCGAUGCCAAGGAUCAGGGCCUUGCCGCCCCAGAUGCUUCGCCAGCUGUCCAGUCAGCCCGUUCGACGCAAAUUCUUGGACCCCUUGAUUUUCCAGCGCGGCAUGACCUUUGUCAUCACUCUGUUCCUAUUCGCCAUGUACCUAAAUGGCCUUUAGAAGGCCGCCGAGCCUUACGCGUUUUCCAAAUUCCAAACCCAAUGAAGCGCAUUUCGUAUUUUUUUAUUCUGUUAUAUGUUUUUUAAAGCCGCCCGCUCGACAUUAGUGGUUAAUCAGUUCCACUUCGACUGUUAAAAAUUAUACGAAAUAUAAGGCAUAUAUUAUAUACAAAUAUGAGAUUGGCAAAUA